AUCUGAUUUCGAGCCGGCAGUCCAUUAUAAAUUGAUAAAGUACAAAGAGGGCAGUUAGAGCAAGGUUCCUUUAAAAUGAUCGUGGAAGUGUGAGAGCGAGAUUAGUAAAAGCAAAAAAGCUUUAGAGUCGAGACGAUUGAGGUGCCAAGAUCGAAUGCACUGUACUGUUUUCCACCGGUCUCCUUUCUGCUUUAUUUCCUACGCUUCCAUGUUUCUCCUCAUUUUUAAAAUAUUUAGUUGCUUGAGCCUGACACUGAUGCUGACAGGAAGGCAAUAACUCACCUGAAGAAAGGGAGCGGGGAAACCUAGGGUUACCACGGUGGCGUGGCGAGAACCCUGCGCAGGCGCCCUACAUCCCAGGCUCGCCUGCCAGUCUCCGCCUCAGAAUCCGUGGGCUGGCUGGGGAGCUGGUGUGCGCCGCGGCUGGAGGCGGCGGUGGGGAGGCCGGCCUUAGCGCCUGCGCAGUCGGCGGGGCGCUGGUGUGAUCGAGCGCACGUAGCGAGCCCGGCCUGGAGGUUAUAAAAGGGCUAACUGGCUCCCUCUGCUGCCCAGUUGCGCCGCCAGCGGGCUAAGGGAAGGGAGUGGGUACCUGACCCGAGCACUGGCAACAGGGGACUGAAGAACGCGCCGCCUCGUUGUCCCACUUCCCAGGAGCCCAGAAGAGGAAGUGUGUGCAUCUGCUACAUUCUAGAAGCUUUCCCAGAGUCACUGUAAGGCAGCCAAGAGAGCAGUGUGUUUUACUACAGUGUGGUUCUGGAAGCGUCUGGAAGUUUGCAGCAAAGUUGAGUUUUUGUAGUGAUCUAUUUUUACUGAGAUUCAAGUGAGGAGAAAAGUGGAAUUAUUUUUUGGUUUUCACGGAGUAGGUGAUGCUACAUGGGAAAAGUCAGAGGUGCCUGCACAAAGAGGAACAGGGUAACAAAUCCAGGUGUGUGGACCUGUAAGAUUAUGUCUUCAAAGAUGAUCUGGUUUACUUUAAUUGUAGGGAUUCUACUUCCCUGGUCUUUGGCCCAUCCAGGCUUUUUUACUUCAAUUGGUCAGAUGACUGAUUUGAUCCACAUUGAAAAAGAUCUGGUGACUUCUUUGAAAGACUAUAUUAAGGCAGAAGAGGACAAGUUAGAACAAAUAAAAAAGUGGGCUGAGAAGUUAGAUCAGCUAACCAGCACAGCGACAAAAGAUCCAGAGGGAUUUGUUGGACACCCUGUAAAUGCAUUUAAAUUAAUGAAACGUCUGAACACUGAAUGGAGUGAGUUGGAGAGUCUGGUCCUUAAGGAUAUGUCAGAUGGCUUUAUCUCUAAUUUAACCAUUCAGAGGCAGUUCUUCCCUAAUGAUGAAGAUCAGGUUGGGGCAGCUAAAGCUCUGUUGCGUCUUCAGGACACCUACAAUUUGGAUACAGAUACCAUCUCAAAGGGUAAUCUUCCAGGAGUAAAACACAAAUCUUUUCUAACAGUUGAGGACUGCUUUGAAUUGGGCAAAGUGGCCUAUACAGAAGCAGAUUAUUAUCAUACUGAACUGUGGAUGGAACAAGCUCUAAGGCAGCUGGAUGAAGGCGAGGUUUCUAACAUUGAAAAAGUGUCUGUUCUAGAUUAUUUGAGCUAUGCUGUAUACCAGCAGGGAGACCUGGAUAAGGCACUUUUGCUCACAAAGAAGCUUCUUGAACUUGAUCCUGAACAUCAGAGAGCUAAUGGUAACUUAAAAUAUUUUGAGUAUAUAAUGGCUAAAGAAAAAGAUGUCAAUAAGUCUACUUCACAUGACCAAACUGACCACAAAAUCACACUGAAAAAAAAAGGCGUUGCUGUGGAUUACCUGCCAGAGAGACAGAAGUACGAAAUGCUCUGCCGUGGGGAGGGUAUCAAAAUGACUCCUCGGAGACAGAAAAAACUCUUUUGCCGCUACCAUGAUGGAAACCGGAAUCCUAAAUUUAUUCUGGCUCCAGCCAAACAGGAGGAUGAGUGGGACAAGCCUCGUAUUAUUCGCUUCCAUGAUAUUAUUUCUGAUGCAGAAAUUGAAAUUGUCAAAGAUCUAGCAAAACCAAGGCUGCGCCGAGCUACAGUACAUGACCCUGAGACUGGAAAAUUGACCACAGCACAGUACAGAGUAUCUAAGAGUGCCUGGCUUUCUGGCUAUGAAAACCCUGUGGUAUCUCGAAUCAAUAUGAGAAUACAGGAUUUAACAGGACUAGAUGUUUCCACAGCAGAGGAAUUACAGGUAGCAAAUUAUGGAGUGGGAGGACAGUAUGAACCCCAUUUUGACUUCGCCAGGAAAGAAGAGCCAGAUGCUUUCAAAGAGCUGGGAACAGGAAAUAGAAUUGCUACAUGGUUGUUUUAUAUGAGUGAUGUGUCAGCAGGAGGAGCCACUGUUUUUCCUGAAGUAGGAGCUAGUGUUUGGCCCAAAAAGGGAACUGCUGUUUUCUGGUAUAAUCUGUUUGCCAGUGGAGAAGGAGAUUAUAGUACACGGCAUGCAGCCUGUCCAGUGCUAGUUGGAAACAAAUGGGUAUCCAAUAAAUGGCUCCAUGAACGUGGACAAGAAUUUCGAAGACCAUGCACCUUGUCAGAAUUGGAAUGACAAACAGGCUUCCCUUUCUCUCUGGUUGUUUUAUUCUGAUGUUUCUGAUAAACACACUUCCCAGUCUUAACUUACAAGAGUUUACAAUUAACUAACACUCCAUGAUCGAUUCAGUCAUGAACUUUAUCCCAUGUUUCAUCUGUGGACAAUCACUAACUUUAGGGGGGAUUUUUCCUUUUAAAAGUAACACUAAAUCAUUACGCGCUUUUUACAUGUAAAACCUUAAAGUUCAGUGGCUAUCACAGAAGACAAAACAAUUCAGGGUUAAAAAUGAGGAAAUUUUACUGUUAAAUUUUAAAGAACUUUUUGGUUAGAUAAAAAAUACAAUUUUAGCAUCCAAAAUUAGUAUUUCAUUACAUCUCGGUAAAUUGUAGGCUGAGAAUGGGCCAUGUGAUUGAAAAAACAGAUGCCUUGCAGUAUGUUCCUAGGUAUUAUCUUUACCUAGUUUAUUUUCUGAAUCUGCCUGAAGACUAUUAAUAAACUAGGACUCUAAUCCCUGGGCUCCAUAUGAUUCUGAGCGCUCAUACACAAGUUGAUUUUUUCUCCCAAGUCCUUUCUAAAGAAAGUAUACCAUAUUCUACCAAUCCCUCUCCUCUCAUAGCUGCUCUGUGGUGAAUUAAAUGUUUUGAGUUAAAAUAUUAUUUGAUUUUUAAAAGAAUUUAGUACAGUGUCCUGCAUAAUGAUAUUGGGCCUUCUUGAGUAAACUAAUCAUCACUUAGACUGUUUCUUUUCAUUUUUUAUUUAAUGACUGAUGAUUUUUUCCAUACAAUUUGCUGUUUUUCUUAGUGCUAAUACACUUGCCUCUUAUUCUUGCUACAACAGGGUGGUGACAUUAGCAUUUUGAUUAAAUAAACAGUGUGCCUUAGGAGAUUGGAAAUUUAAAAAUGUACAGGUCCUUUCAGUGAUGACAGAAUUGAUAAAAAGAAAAAAAAAAAUCUCUUUUCUAAAAAGCCAAAAUAUUUGUUUUCCAAUUCUGAAAUGUGUUGUGACAAUGACCUAUUUAUGAUCUUAAAUCUUUUUAAAAAAUG